AUAACAUUCUCUUCAAUUUUUCAGGCAUUAGGUGAAACCAGGGAAGGAGCAUUUGUAGCUCCAAUCUAGUCCCCAGAUUUUGGAGACCUAGGAUUGGUUCAAGAUGGUUUUACCACAAGUUGGCCUUGCCCCUCAAGGGAGUACUAGCAGACCUCAAUCAAGGCAUGCAAGACAGGGAAGGGAAGCACUUCGUCCGGGGGACACUCAGGGUGGUCGCACCGCUGUCUCUGAGGCCAUCAUGAGGCUUCUGGAACAGUUACGUAACAAUCGGCAUGACUGCCUCUGCUGUCAAGAGUCUUCAGCUUUUGCCCAGUGUGACUGCAUCUCUUACUCCUAUUUCCUCUUGACAUUUGUUCUUCUCCUCGUGGGCAUUGUGGUCACUGUGUUCAGCUUCAUGGAUCAGGACAUCACUGAUUAUUACUCCAACGGCCACAUAUGGUUGGUUGCAGGACCUGUAUUUAUAAGCACUGGUGCUGUGGUCCUCAUCAAGACUAUCAUUUACCUGAGGCGGAAAAAACUUCUCCAGCUACUUCUUACUCAGAGAGUGUUGACUAGGGAAUUCCAGCUCCAUCAGACUCAGCAGCAGCUCCAUAUAGCUCGAGAUCCAAGUUGCCUCACUCUGCCUCCUUCAUAUGAAUGUGUGGUAGAUAUUUCUGUUGUCCCCAUGGGUGUCCAUGGAGGUCUGACUGUCAUCGACACCUCUGCUCCUCCCCCCACAUACGAAGAAGCCCUGGCUCUGCUUGAGCAGAAGCAUGCUUCAACUGCAGAGCAGCCUGUGCUUCCUCCCCCUGUUCGUCCAGAAGACUCUGAAGAGCUCCAAAAGGAACAGAACAGGGGCGGUGGAACAUAUGGUGUUCAAAACCUGUGAUUUCUUUAAAUUCUCUUUCAGAUUUUCAGCAUCUCACAUUUAAUGAAUCUUAUACCUGUAUGUUUGAAGCUUUCUUACCAUCAUAUUGGUGGUAUGAGUGAAAAUUGGAAUAUCUUUGCCCUGCAACAGGAUAGCUCAUGGUGCUUUGUUGUGUAAUUCUCAUGCUGCUGCUCUAAGACAAUAAGGCAUGGAAAAAAAACUCUGUUCUUCAGGUCUCUGUAUCUAAGCUAAGCAAUGGAGUCCACUAUUGUCCAAUGAAGGUUUAUUUUGAGGUUCCUCUUGUAUCCCUGUUUUGUAGGCUUGAGAAUUUUGUAGGCUUAUGCAUAUGAUCUCUAUGUCAUUUAUAUUGCUUCAGUACUUCAUUUGCUUUGUUGUAGGGUGUUAUUGUGCUAUUCCAGGUUAAUAUGAAUUUUUUUUUUCAAUUAAUUUUUUUAAUGGUAGUAAAAAAAAUUGCCCAAAGCUGCAUAAUUUUUAGAGGCUAAUUUUGAAAGUGCUUGUUUCUUUUUUAAACAUGCACCUCCACAGAGAAACUUGGAAACAAAGGGAAGAUUCAUUUGACUUUUAGGAUGAUCUGUAAACUUUCCUCCCUCAUUGCCAAUUUUGAUGCUGAGUUUUACAUCACCCAUGAACAUCCGGUAUGAUUGGGCAAUGGUGCAGGCCCAUUUCCUUAUGAAAGCCUUCCUCUUCUUGUUUGAGAAUCCAUAAAUAUUCAUUGCAGAAAUAAUCAGCCUGCUUUAAUUCCUUAUCCUAUCCAUGGCUGUCCCUUGAGAGUUACCAUUUGAGCUAUCAUUUGCCAACCUUCUAACUGCAUUUUCCAUCUGAGAUAUUCAGUUUCUUUUCCUUGAGUGUCAGUGAAAGUCUUGUGGUAUUCCUGUUAUGCAACAUAUAUUUUAGUUUUAAGGGCUCACUUUGGUCAUUUUGGUUUUGACUGUGGAGCCAUUAGUCAAGAAUCUCUUUCAACUUUUCCAGAGGUGCAGAUAGCCAAAGAAGGAAACACACAAACAUUUGCAAUCUCAUGCUUGCUUAAUGGUAGAGAUCUCAGAACUUUCAGCAUCGUGUUUUGUCUUUUGUUUUGGAAUGCCAUGAUGUUUUUAUUGAUUUUUUUAUUCAUGGCAUGAUCAUUGCAUAAUGGGUUUUUUGCUUAUUUUUUUAAAGCUUUGACAUGUCUUUUGGCUGUGAAUAUUAAAGGUGGCUUUUUCUGACUGUGA